CGCUGGUCGUCCGGUUCCUCACCAGGCGGUUCAUCGGGGACUACGAGAGAAACGCAGGUAAUCUCUACACCAGACAGGUCCAGAUAGAAGGGGAGACCGUGGCCAUCCAGGUUCAGGACACCCCAGGCAUUCAGGCCCACGAGAACGGCUUGAGCUGCAGCGAGCAGCUGAAUCGGUGCAUCCGGUGGGCAGACGCUGUGGUGAUCGUUUUUUCCAUCACUGACCACAAGAGCUAUGAACUCAUUGGCCAGCUCCACCAGCACGUCCAGCAGCUCCACCUGGGCAGCCGGCUGCCUGUGGUGCUCGUGGCUAACAAAGCUGACCUGCUGCACAUCAAGCAGGUUGACCCUCAGCUCGGACUGCAGCUGGCCGGCGUGCUGGGCUGCUCCUUCUGUGAGGUGUCCGUCAGCGAAAAUUACAGCGAUGUCUGUAACGCUUUCCACGUCCUGUGCAAAGAAGUGAGUCACAGACAGCAGCCCAGCAGCGCGCCCGAGAAGCGGAGGACCUCGCUCAUUCCCCGGCCCAAGUCCCCCAACAUGCAGGACCUGAAGAGAAGGUUCAAGCAGGCGCUGUCUGCCAAAGUGAGGACCGUCACCUCUGUGUGAAGUGCCACUGCCCAGGGGGUUUGGUCUUCCGGGAGGAGGCCCACACGUGCCUCUAGGUGGGAACUUGGGUGUCGGUGGUGGUCCGUGGUUCCAGGAAGGGCUGGAGCGGAAGGGCCCAGCGGUCCUGUGAGCUGCUGCAGGAAAGGAAGCGCGGUGCAAGCCGGGGACAGAGGGAUGGAGCCUGCGUGAGCGCCUGAGCCCCUCUCGGCGCGCGGCCUGUCUGUGUCCUGUCCUCCGCAGUGGGGAGGGCACUCUUGCUUUUGUCCUGAACUGCCUUGCCAGUGAUGGUCGGGUGCAGUGUAACACAGUGCGGCUGACGGUGGCCACGGGACAGCAGAGCAAGUCUUCGCAGGGCUCCUUUUCUCCCCUCCCGCUGCUUUUGCUUCCUCCCAGAAGGAAGAAUUGCGACCAACAUGGUUUGCCCUCCAGAACACUGUCCUUACAGAAUACCUUUCCAACCUGAAGGGUUCCCAGAUUUCUUCUUUGAAGAACAAGGGGGAAAGAAUCUGUUCCCCCGAAGGGCGCAGGUUUAUGGGCCAAAAUACUCUGUGCACAGGCGGCUGUGAAGCGUGCUCUGCGGGGGGCGCUGGCUGUCCGCACACGGCUGGGGGUGUUCCAUCACUGACCACAAGAGCUGUGAACUCUUGUGGACAACGCCUGGACAUGUGUUGAGUAGCUGCGAACUCGAACUCUUCCCUCCCAGACUCAUUGUAAGAUUGUAUAGUUCCUUCGUUUUUUUUGUUUUGUUUUUGUUUUUUAGCUGUUGGACCAGGUACAAAAAAGUGUCAAUGGAUGUUGGUGAUUUGUGUAAAUGGCUUGAAGCAGUGACACGGGGUUGCUUCCUAGGCCUGGCCGAGCUGUGGUAAUGGUGGCUGAAAUACAGAAACACUAUCUUACAGAGUGUCCAGAUGCGGGGGCUACCCGCCAAAUCCCCUACACAGAUGCACUUUAAAAAGCCACUUGUGCUUUGGGUUAAACUGUAAUUAAUUUAUUUUAUGUACAAUAAAUCUCAUUUUAAAAGCGCA